AGCUGCGGCGGCGGCGGCUCGCGAGUCGCGGAGAGCAGGGCGAGAGAGGUGGGGUGCGCGCGGAGGUGCGUCGCGGAUCUACACCCUCUGAAACACCGACCGACGUCGCUCACUGUGAACCUCGUGACGUCAAUCAAGGCUGGCCAGUGGAGCACACCACCGUGUUGGCCAUGCCGUGUCUCCUGUGAGCAGGCAGAGCCGCGCGCUCGGGCGCGGCGCCCCGGCCCGCCGCCGCUCAGUCGGCGAUGCUAAGGCGCGUCAUGGGCGCCGGAAUGGGAAAGGGCCACGCUCUGUUGGAGGCGCUUCCUUCCACGCAGACACUACACGUCGUCAUGCUGGGGCUCGACUCCGCCGGCAAGACGACGGCGCUGUACCGGCUCAAGUUCGACCAGUACCUCAACACCGUCCCCACGAUCGGCUUCAACUGCGAGAAGGUGCGUGCUCAGGGCGGCAAGGCCAAGGGAGUGAGUUUCCUAGUGUGGGAUGUCGGCGGCCAGGAGCGACUGCGGCCACUGUGGCGCAGCUACACGCGCUGUACGGACGGCAUUGUGUUCGUAGUGGACUCUGUGGAUGCUGAGCGCCUCGAGGAGGCCAAAAUGGAGCUGCUGCGCUCUGCCAAGAGUCCGGAGAACGCCGGCGUGCCCGUGCUCGUGUUGGCCAACAAGCAGGAUCUGCCGGGCGCCAAGCCGCCGGACGAGAUCGAGCGCCUGCUGGGACUGGCCGAGCUCGGUCCCAAUCAGCUGUGGCACGUGCAGCCGGCGUGCGCCAUCAUCGGCGAGGGCCUCGACGAGGGUCUCGAGGCGCUCUACGAGAUGAUUCUCAAGCGACGGAAGCAGACCAAAGGCAAAAAGAAGGCCAAGUAGUGUGGUGUGUGCGCGAGUGAGAGCUAUCCGCGUGUGUGAGAUAUGUGUGAGAGCGGAGCCCGGACGACGUGAGAGACUGGCGAGCGGGUGAGCUGUGGAGAACGAGAGUGAGAUACGGUGAGAGCGCGAUCGGCGAGUGAGAGAUCGCGAUUCUCGGGUGUGAAGCGUGCUGGGCCGGGCGACGAAGUUUUGGCGUGAGGAGCGCUUCGCGAAGUGGGCUCAUCCUACAGCAAUGCAGAGGCACACCAAGUCUCAGGCAGCGAAGCGGGCCGCAGUGCUUCGCGUCAGGCCGAAGCGGUCGCAAAGCGGAAGCGAGCCGAGAGGCCACUUACCUGUGAUAUAUACGAAGCCGCGUCUAUCAAUUUCGCGAGUCCAUAAUUGUCCCACAUAUAUUUAUUUGUGUUGAAUCGGGGAUUCCCGUAUGUAAUCAUGUUGGAUUAGUGCAAUUACAUGUUUGCGUCGUCGACAA